CAAAAAGACUAGUGGUAGAGUAAUAACAAGGCUUUCGUUGGCGUUGAUUCUGAUUCGAGAGUGACUAAUGGGUAGCGAUGGGACCAUAAAGGUUGAGAAUGGCUGAUUGGCACAAUUAGGAAGGACAAUAGGAUGUGCCAGUUGACUUGAGUCACAGUUUGUUAUCGAAUGAAGAGCGGUUUCAACGAUUCGGCAGGUGCAACUUCUUCGUAGUUUUAGUUGGUAAUAAAGUGUGUGAUUCAUGUGAAAAAUGGCACUGACGUCGUUGGUUACUAGUAAAAUUAUUUUGGCGCUGUGCAAUUUUCUUUUAUUGGCAUGCGGCUUCACCCUGGUAAUAGGGGGCAUGCUGGUGCUCUUCGACGGCGAAAGGGUUCUUCUCUCGCGACUGCUGUCGACCGGCCAGCUGGCAGCGUUGCCACACCCGCUGCUGCACUACGUCUCGAUAGGGGUGUCGCUGCUGGGCGUCGUGCUCGCCGCCACUGGCAUCCUCGGAUGUUGGGCUUCCUGUCUGCACAAUUACUGCUUGCUGACGCUGUAUUUUUUAGUGAUCAUGCUAGUCCUAGUGGGAGAAUGUGCCAUUUACGUGAUAGCAUGGGUAUGGCCUAGCUGUGUCGGACUAGGAAUAGACAACGAAAGUUUAAUCAAAUCAUUACAGAGGAAUUAUGGUAUUGGGGGACAAGAGCAAUUCACCGUAGCUGUCGAUUUAGCACAAACCACGUUCAACUGCUGUGGAAUAGAGUCAGCCAACGAAUACGACACAUCCUUAUGGCAGCUCCAAGCUCUGGGUCCGUCUUUGGCCGUGCCUCUGUCAUGCUGCAAGUUACUGAACGUCAAUCAAACGAAAUCGUAUCUGAAUCCAGAACCUGUGAGCCACAACUUGUGUCAGGCGCUCGAGAAAAACAGACACGAAGGAUUUCGACAUACCACGGGUUGCAGUGACAGUCUGGAACAGUGGUACCGUGACCAUUACGUCACAUUCCUCGCGGUUGGGCUGGUGGUGGUACUUAUCGAAUUUUCGGUACUCCUCUCCACUAUCCUCAACUGCACCAGAAUCUACCAUCACAAUCAAGAGAUUAAAGAAAACACCCAACAGGAAGAACCUGAUGUGUCUUCACCGUCUACCAGAGAAACCAGUUUCAAGAGGUCGACUGGCUCUGAUGUCGGAGCGUAUAGCAACGAAACGUAUGCUGUGACGGGAAGUUUCAGGAAGAACUACAAACUCAUGGACAGGGCAUGAUGUUGGUUUAGAGGGUUGUUCAAGCCCAGCUAUGUGUACGAAGUUGAAGUUGAAUCGAUGCUUUGGUGAACAUUAACAUUCCGAGAUAUUAGAUUGAAAAUAGUCAAUAAUUUUCGUAUUUGUGUGCAUUGAUGUUUUUAGCAACAAUUUUCAUUGAAGAAGAGAUAUUAACGUGAAAAUGAAAUCUCAUUGGAGUUUCUUCUUACUCCAACUAUGGGGUAUUCACAUUUGUUUAGCAGUUUAACGUGGUUUAACUAUAUACAUCUGAAAAUAUUCUAGUCAGCAGACUGAAUAAUAAAUAAUAAUGAUAUGAACAUUUAUUGAAUUAGUGUAUAAUAUGGUGUUACAAAUUCUUGUGUAUGCAAAGUUCAAAUUGAGGCUAGAUUGAACUUAUUCAAUAAAAAUUGAAUAAAUUGUUUCAGUGGCUUUGCUGUAUCUCUCAUAUGAAUGAGCUUAUUAUUGUAUACCAUUACUUUAUUACAGUUAAAAUGAUACCAAAGAAAAUUAUGGUUAUUUAAAAUUAAGCAGUUUGUGAUGAGCUAGCUAAGUAUAUCUACUGAAUAGACGAAUAAUUAUAGAUUUGUUUAUACUUAUGUUGAUUUAUUUCCGUCAUACCUUUCCAACAGCACAACUU